AUGUCCCGGCCGCCAAGUCAAUUUUUUAGGGGCCGUUUCUACGACCCACGUGUAACCUGUUUCGACCAGACUGUACCCGAGGGAGAAAGGAUGCGUGAACGGGAGAUGAGUAUUCGUUCACAUCUCCAACAUCCCAGCUAUCAGUUAAGAGAAAGAUCACCGAUUGGUUUUCCUCGGCACCUGUCGCAGUGGGCCAGUAGUGGGUACGGUUUCUUUUCCCCUUUGGAGGACCACGAGGGCCGUUUUUACGACCAUCGUACAGAAUAUCGCGACGAUUAUUCAUACGGUCCAGCAGUCGAGUAUAACGAUCCCCCCAACGAUAGGCGAAAGGACUUUCAGGGCUACUAUUGUAGAGACAAAGACUUUUAUUUCUACAGCGAGGACGGCCUUUGUUACGACGCGAAGGUCUUUUGCUAUCGUUUCGAAGAAGAUGGUUUCUAUUACAACGUAGGGACGGGUUGCCGUCAUGAUUCAGGCGGUUUUGCGUGUGAUGAGAAAGGCGUGCGUAUUCGUGACAGUUCAGACACGUCAGACGAGGAUCCCGAAGCAAACGACCCUCCCCCAGUCAAUAAAACAGCCCCUCCGCCGAGUGAUAAGUCAGGCUCAGCUCAUCCGAAGAGUAAGACAGGCCAGCCGACGAGCGGCAAAUCCUUAUCGAGCGGAAAGAGGACCUCUCCUCCCAUCGAGGAAACUAACGCUGUUCCGAGCGUGACUCAACAUCAGGUGGAGGAAGAGGUGAAUUCGGACCAAGCGAAAAGAAGCCGUCCGUGGCGUCCUAGUUCGACCAGCUCACCAGCACAAGGAGGAGGAGAGGUAGAGGUGGCAGCACCGGUCGUAGUCAAUCUUACGCCGACGGAAGCUGUAGCCCCAAUCCCGGUGAUAACCAUCGAAGGAGUGAGCCUACCCGGUGGUUCGGGCUCUCAGCCGCUUUCAGUUUCAAAGGAUAUCUCGGAAGAGAUUUCAUCUUUGAUGACCAAGGGUAUAUCGACCGAUACCUCGAAGUCCGUUUCUAGAGAAUUUCCGCUAGAGUUCGUUGACGCCGAAUUUUCUUUAAAACCACCCAAGCUAGAUGGCUGGAUUUCACGCCGAGUGCCUUUGAAAGCCGACAAAAGCAUUGUUAGAUCAAUUAAUGCAGCGGAAGAAUCGUUCACUAAAGCGCAAUUAAAAAUCAUGGAUAUCACUCCACCCUUAAUCGAUCUAUACGCUCGCUUGCAUUCGUUGCCGGAUAGCGAAUCGCUAAAACGCCCGGUACAGUCCGCUCUCCAGCAGUGGGGACGUGCCUUCUUCCACAUUACUAAAGGGCGCCGGCGUGCUGUGAUCUCUCUCGCCGAGCCUGGAGCAGAAUAUCUGCUGCGCGAUCCUGAUGCCUUCGAAUCUGGAAAAGAAGCACGCUCGUUUUUCUUUACGGACAGAUAUAUACAGGCCAUGUUGACGGACGCCAGCCAAGACAAUACCUUGGCGCAAGCAGCUAGAGCUGCAGCCGCUGCACGCUUUCCUUAACGAUCGAGUACAAGGCACGUCCUUGUCAAUCAACCAGGCUCUACAUUUCCACCUCCGCGGUACGGGGCUGGCCAGACAACCCGUGGCGGAAAAGGCAGACGGGGCAGAAGCGACCGUGGUCGUGGGCAGCGUGGCAACGCUUGGCUGCAAGGAGGAAGAAGGUAUGUCGCUUAAAAUGCUAAACAAUUGACUCCUUGUAAGACGGCCCCAGAACCCCCCUUUGUGCCUUAUCCGCAAAUCGAGAUUCCGUUGAAUCCCGUCGUUAUUCCGGGUCCGCAUCAGGGCCCUCAGGCGGUAGCAUCGAGGCUUAAACAUUUCGCAGCGCGUUGGUCUGCUGUAACUUCCGAUCAGUGGGUUUUAGAAGUGGUCAUUGAGGGCUUUUCUAUCGAUUUCAUUUCCGAACCAAUCCAGAAAAUUUUUCCACCACAGAUCGUAAUGUCGGCCGAAAUGUCUGCGGUUUGUGACGCGGAAGUGCGCGAGUUAUUGUCGAAGCGCGCGAUAUCCGAGGUUACGGAUGGAUCAUCCGGCUUCGUUUGCUCUUUCUUUUGUAUAAAGAUAAAGCAACCAGGUCAAUUUAGGCCUAUAGUUAAUUUGAAACCGCUGAAAAAAUUCAUUCGGUAUCAACAUUUCAAGAUGGAGAAUCUCGAGUCCGUACGCUUCCUAGUCAGAAAGGGAGAUUGGUUGGCGAAAGUAGAUCUUAAGGACGCCUAUUUUACUGUAGCAGUUAAGGAAUCGCACCACAAGUACUUGUGAUUUCGCUGGAAAGAGCGCGUUUUUCAGUUCAACUGCAUGGCCUUUGGCCUUGCCCCCGCUCCCAGAAUUUUCACUAAAAUUCUUAAAACAAUCAUGGCCUUUUUGCGACGUCAGGGCAUCCGGCUGGUCAUUUAUUUAGAUGACGUUUUGAUUUUGAACGAUUCAAAAAAUGGGCUGUUGUCGGACAUAAAUAGAGUUAUUGAACUCCUCCAAUCGCUCGGCUUCCUGAUCAAUUGGAAAAAAUCGAUUAUCGUACCUACUCAAACGAUAGAAUAUUUGGGCUUAAUCGUAGACUCGAGUGACCCAUCUUUUUCGCUUCCUGACAGCAAAGCGGCAGCAGUCAAGGAGAUGUGCACGUUGGUUCUAUCCGAGGGUAGGAUAUCCUUACGAACACUAGCCUCGAUACAAGGCAACUUCUCUUGGGCAAUUUCGGCCAUUCCGUUCGCGCAGUCGCAUUACCGCAGCCUACAACGCUUUUAUAUUUCUAAUGCGCAAUGGGUUAACUUUAACCUGGAAGUUAAAGUUUGUUUGUCACCAAGCGCGUGGCUGGACCUCAGUUGGUGGGUGGCCAAUAUCGAAAAAGCGAACGGCAAAAUGUUUUUUCUGCGCGACCCAGAUUUUGAAAUUUUUUCGGAUGCGUCGCUGACGGGAUGGGGAGUGGUGUGCAAUGGGAUUACUACUCGGGGCCCUGGGACAUUGCAAGAUAAAGAUAAACACAUUAACGAAUUAGAACUCCUAGGGGCAUUUUUUGCGAUCCAGGUCUUCUUGACUAAUAAAUCGGAGAUUGUAAUUCGAAUAUUCUUGGAUAACGUGACGGCGGUCAGUUAUGUGAAUAAAUGCGGUGGAACGAGAUCAGCCGCUCUCACAACCACGGCCAGAGCCAUUUCCGCUUGGUGCGAAGCGAGAAAGAUUUCGGUGGAAGUGGUCCAUCUUGCGGGUGAGCUUAACACUAUCGCGGACCGUGAGUCUAGAGCCGAGGCCGACGCUAGUGACUGGCGAUUAGAUAUAAACAUGUUCGUUUUAAUUUCAAAAAUAUGAAAGAUGGAUACUGAUCUGUUCGCCGCGUCCUGGAACAAUCAGUUACCCCAGUUUAUUUCAUGGGGUCCCCAGCCUGGGGCAAUCGCGGCCAACGCUUUUUCCGUUAAUUGGAAAAAUAUUCACGGCUAUGCGUUUCCCCCUUUUCAAAUUUUUAAAUGCCUCGAGAAGUUCCGGCGAGAGAAGGCGUCGAUCAUACUAAUCUGUCCCAUCUGGACAGGCCAGCCCUGGUUCCCAAUUUUAUUGGAGCACGCAUGCGACAUCCCCCGGCUCCUGCGUCCGUCACCAGCGCUCCUAACAUCAGCACGAGGCGAACACCCGCUGCUCGAAUCCGGCUCUCUGAAUUUAGCCGCUUGGAAACUCUCAGGCGAUCAUACGACGUGCAGGGUUUUUCGCAGCCGGCUAUUGAACUUUUCCUGGUGGGGAGCCGUGCCAAUACAAACGCUGCAUAUGAAUCCGCCUGGGUCAAUUGGAGAAAUUGGUGUUUGGAGUGGAGUUGCGAUCCCCUGCGUAGUGAUCUAGCCUUAGCAUCAGCCUUUCUCGCCCAUCUACACGCAUCGGGUAAAUCGUACAGUACUAUAAAUUUGCAUAGAUCUAUGCUGUCAGCGACUCUGUCUGCCAUCGACGGCAUACCGAUCGGCCAGCAGCCGCUCAUAGU